GCCAGUAACAGGUAACAGGGCAUCGUGACACUCCAUUCGAAGAAGGCUGGCCUGACGUCCACGUCAAGUUCAAGUGCAAUGCCUUUCUCGCAUGCAUGGAACAUGCUGAAUUCAUACGUCGGGAUCGAUCUUCAAAUCUGGCGCCUGGACACGUCCGUCAUGUUCUAACGAAUCGGGGACUGAAGGCAAGACCAAUACUCAAAAACAUCGACGACGCAAGUCAAGACACCCUUUUUCGUUGUUUUCGAUCUUUGCAAUGUCGUCGGCUGUUUGGAGAGCAUCCGAGUCGUCCACCGUAUCCUCCCAUAUCCCAGUUCAGAGUUCGGCUGACCAUGGUUACCAUCAUCGUCUGGAUGCUACCAUUGUUGAAGAAACAGGCGCUGAUCGAAGUUCCUUAGUCAAUUCGACCACUGGGAUGAAAACGGCGCCGAUGUCCCCCGAUGCAGUGUCUUCUUCCGAGGCUGGGAGAGCAUCGUUCACUGAAUCCUCCCAUGACUUAGAUCAGAGUGCAACUGACCACAGCUAUCAUCGAGUCGAGGAUGCCUCGCAUUGCACAGACGCAUGCAAUACUUCUGUUAUCGGAGAAACAAGAGUUGGUAAAAGUUCCUUAGUGAACUCGACUGCUAACACACAAACGGCGCCGAUGUCCCUCGACACAAUGUCAUCGUCUCCUCUUGACGCUGGGAGAAUAUCGUCCACCGAAUCCCUCCAUGCCUCAGUUCACAGUGCAGCUAGCCACCGCUCGGAUCAAGUUGAGGAUGCUUCACAUCGCGCAGACACGUGUCGUGCUACCACUGUUGAAGACACGGGCGCUUGUCAAAGAUCCUGGGAUGACCUGACCACUGGAACGCAAAGGGAACCAUCGUCUCGCAGCGCAAUGCCGCCACCACCUGGGAGAGCAUUGUCCACAUCCAACAUCUCAAAUCAAAGCGUUGCUUUCCCCACCUUUAAUCCAGUCGGGGAAGCUUUAUGUUACACAGACAAAAGCAAGGCUGUCGGGCCUGUUAUUGUUAGAGACACAGGAGCUGGUAAAAAUUACUGGCCCAACUGGCCCAACUGGUUGAUUACGGUCCACACCCCGGGUCGGGGUGCGGCUUACCCCCACUAUCGUCGGAUUGAGGGAAGCUUUACGUCGCACGGACACAUGCAAUGUUGUCAUAGUUGGAGACACAGGUGCUGGUAAAAGUUCCUUGGUCAACUUGAUUAUUGGGAAGGAAAAGGCGCCGACAUCCCGCGACGCCACUGGAUGCACAACUGAACCUACUGUAUACGAGCACGACGUUAUGACUCAGGACAAAACCGUGAAGGUACAGCUGUUCGACACAGCCGGUC